UCGUCGACGUAACAAUAUGCUCCCUGUUCUCGCGAUCCCGGUGUUCUGCAUCACGACAUGGGCAUCCGCGCUGAACGAUCCGUCAUCAGAUUUACCCAGGUUCGGCAAACCGUUGAACAACCUCACAGUCUCGCUUGGUCGCGAAGCCGUUUUCACCUGCAUCGUCGAGGAUCUCGGACCAUACAAGGUAGCGUGGCUGCGUGUCGAUACGCAGACAAUUCUGACGAUAGCGAGUCACGUUAUCACGAAGAAUCAUCGGAUCGCAGUGACACAUAGUGGCCAUCGAACGUGGUCUCUUCACAUAAAAGACACGCGGAAGACUGACAGCGGUUGGUACAUGUGCCAGGUCAAUACUGACCCGAUGUCCAGCAUCACUGGAUUUCUCGAAGUUGUUGUGCCGCCGGAUAUCCUGGACUAUCCCACCAGCACGGACAUGGUGGUACGAGAGGGUAGCAACGUGACGCUACGGUGCGCGGCGACAGGAACACCGGAGCCGACGGUCACGUGGCGUCGCGAGGCGGGCGGCACGAUCAGCCUGUCGAACUGGCACGAGGUGGCGAGUAUCGAAGGCCCGGAGCUGGAAAUAACACGCGUCACGCGUCUCCAUAUGGGACCGUAUCUCUGCAUAGCGUCCAACGGGGUGCCGCCGACAGUCAGCAAGCGGAUCGUUCUCAUUGUUCACUUUCAGCCCAUGGUUUUCAUCGAGAAUCAGUUGGUGGGUGCUUACGAAGGGCAAACUCUUACGCUGGAGUGUCGUAGCGAAGCGUAUCCGAGACCCAUUACUUAUUGGACGAAGCCAUCAAACGAAACUAUUGCCAACGACGAGAAUUAUAAAGUCGAAUCAAUCCCUAAAGGAUACGAGAUCACGAUGAAGCUCGUCAUAAGGUCCGUACGAGCACAAGAUUUUGGAUCCUUCCGAUGCGUGGCAACAAAUUCUCUCGGCGAGACUGAUGGGAAGAUAAAACUUUACAGGAUUGACAGGCCGCCAACGACGCGGAGGCCAGGCACGAGACGGGAAUCGAAGAAGACGUGGAAGAUCGAUCAUAGCCACGAGAAGAAGGCCGCCGGUAUGAAGGACGAGCCGAUGCUGAAGGGUGACGAUAAUGACGACGAGCAGAUCGAUUUUCAAUCGGCUACGGCCUCGUCGGUCUUUCAUUGGCAUUUAUUUACGAAUCUCGGGAUAACCGCCAUAACCGCGAUACUGACCGCCGGUUUGUCCACGUAGACACGGUCGGCGUCGCGAUGCGUUCGCACGAUUACGAAAACGAAAGCGACUAGCGUAACGUACGAAGAGCGUUUGCACAUACGAGAGCGGACUUCGCGUAUAGCAAAACGUCACAACGAAGGAUUGCCGAUAAGAAUAACGCCGGCGCGCGCACACAGUGGGUCUUGCGGCAAAAAAAGUAUCCGCAAAAAGUGUCUCUUCCUGUGUACGUGAAAUUUGCAUGAAGCGGCCGUAAAGCGACGAGAGCUGUUUUUAUACUCGGAGACUCGGAGAGUUUCAAGUACCCGGAACUGAUCGAGCCAAAGUGACCAGGGUGCUUCGUGUGAAGCGCAAUUAACACAUUGCAAGCUGAACGUGUACUAAUAGACUUUCCUCUCUAUCCAAAGACGUAGGAAGCCACCAAUCUAUUAAGCUCUUUGCACCGAAGGUGCCAGCGUAGCUGGCUUUUACCGUUUCCAUUCUAAGCGGUAACUUUGUUGACCUCAUAGUCACUUAACGCUGAAGAAGUAAGUUCGGUGGAUCCAGGAAAAAGGGGAUAUAUAUAUAUUAUUUGCGAUCGCGCUUCUUUCCUUUUAAGCUGUUGAAAUGGGUUAUCGAUGGCAGAAUGGAACGGACAUUUUCCAAUCUGUUUAAAUCGUAUGCAAAUAGAUUCUCGAUUUUUCAUAUGCACAUGUACACACACACACAGACACACACACACACACACACACACAUACAUACGCAUUGCGAGAACUCGACGAAAUAUAAAAUAUCCUCUAUUGAUUUGUAGAAAAUUGGCUUUUUCAUUUUCAUUCCUUUCCUUUCUUUUCAUCGGAUAGACGCAAAGAUAAAAGAAUAUAUUGUAAUUGCUUUUGUAUUUCAAAGUAUUAGCAAAACGUGCAGUGUUUGCAGUACGUAAAUGGCACUUAAAUGCAUAAGGGCGCAAGGAAUGAGAGAGUGAUUGCAAUGCGCGUAUGCGCAACUGGAUAUUUAAAUAACUAUAUUGUUUUGUAAAAGAACUGCAGAUUGCUUUUCGAAAGCUGCAGUUUCUAUGGUAACAUAUUCCAAAUUUAUUACGAAUGCAUUAGUUUAUAAACACAAAAGAUACUCAGAUAUUUUUUGCCGAAUUUCAAAAUGUUCAUCAGACUUCUUGAUAUUUUCGUUUGUUAAUCUUUCCUAACUACAACAUGUGUAAAUGUUAGAGAAUGCUAAAGUUCGUUGUUUCACGUAGUGCAUAUCAAUUAAGAGUAACAGACUGUUUUGUACAUAUACCCAACGAGAAUAAAAAAUCUUGAAAGGAUAUAUUGAAAUUUAUUCAUUUAAGGAUGUAACGAUAAAGAAUGUAACGAAUAAAUGAAUAAUUUGGACGGUAGGCGCUUGCGAAUUAUAACGCCAUUAUGUUAAGUUAUUGUUGCUUUAUGAAUCGAUACAUAUUUAUACGAUAUAUUUACGAUAAAUUUCAUCAAUCUUGAUUUCACGUACAUUUCUUAGUUCCUCAGGCAUAAAUUACGUUGCUAAACCAAAAAAAUGUGUUUCACCGAGAAUAUUUCUAUCAGAAAGAGAUUUAUUUUGCUUAAAUAUGUCGCAAUGACUCUCAGCUUCAGUUACAAAAUGGAUUUGCGAUGUUACAAUAUAGAUAUUAUUCCGGUGAUCUACUCUGGUGUCUAUAAAAGAGGCUUGAUUUUAAGUGUUCUCCAAGGUGAUAAAAAUAUGAAUAGUUUUUAUUACAUUUGUGAACAAUACAAAGGUGCAAUAUAAUUACGCUUUAUAAAAUGUGCUGAUGGGAUAGCGUUAUGAAAAAUUUAGAGGAAUAUGUCUCACAGACGACGCAUUCGUUUUAUUACAGCAUCAUCAAAACAAUAAUUAUAAUAUCACCGGAUUCUUUUCGUGAACUCUGUUAUUAUU